GAGGCGGAGUGGCGCAUGCGCUCUGCGGGAGCCGAGUCGCGCACGCGCAGUCGGGGGCGGCGGCGGGCCUGCUGCGGUGAGGCGCUGAGGCGUUUGCUUUCCCUUCAGGGAAGAAGGAGGGACGCCAUGAGCCAGGCCAACGAGGAGUUCCACCGGCAGCUGCGGCUGCAGGAGCUGUACGCGAAGAAGAAGAAGAAGGAGGAGGAGGAGCCGGAGGAGGAGGAGGACGACGAUGACAGCGAAGACCCCUUCACGUACACGGACCCCGCCGACGGCACCGAGUACGAGUGGGACCGCCAGAAGAGGGCCUGGUUCCCCAAGGUCACCGAAGACUUCCUGGCAAACUACCAUGCCAACUAUGGCUUCCCCAGUGAAAAGUCGGAGGAGUCGUGUGCCUCGGCCGCAAAGGCCGGCUCCAAACCGACUCACGGUCCAAAGGCAGCAGCGGGUAUCCGGCAGCCGAUGGAGCCCAAAGCCUCGCAGCUGACGGAUCAGAAACAAAAAGGAGAGAAGAGAAAACCGGAUGCAGGCUGGUUUCACGUGGAAGAACAGAAGAACACUAACGUAUACGUAACAGGUUUGCCGCCAGACAUUACAAAAGAUGAGUUUGUAGAGGUCAUGUCCAAAUGCGGCAUCAUUAUGCGCGAUCUACAAACAGAGGAGCCUAAGAUCAAACUGUACAAAGACAGAGAAGGGAACCUUAAAGGAGACGGACUCUGUUGUUAUUUAAAGAGAGAAUCUGUUGAACUUGCAUUAAAGUUAUUGGAUGAAAAUGAAAUCAGAGGCUACAAGCUUCAUGUGGAAGUUGCCCAGUUCCAGCUGAAAGGGGAGUACGAUGCCAGCAAGAAGAGGAAGAAGUGCAAAGACUACAAGAAGAAAUUGUCUCAGCAGCAAAAGCUCCUAGAUUGGAGGCCCGAGAAGAAAGAGGGGAGCGUCCGGAUGCGGCAUGAGCGGGUUAUCAUCAUCCGGAACAUGUUCCACCCCAAGGAUUUUGAGGAGGAUCCCUUAGUCCUAAACGAGAUCCGAGAAGACCUUCGGUCAGAAUGUGAGAAAUUUGGACAAGUGAAGAAAGUCAUUAUAUUCGAUAGACAUCCAGACGGAGUGGCUUCGGUGUCUUUCAAAGAGGCCGAGGAAGCCGAUGUCUGCAAACAGGCCCUUGACGGGCGGUGGUUUGGUGGGCGCCAGCUCAGUGUGGAAACGUGGGAUGGCGUCACCGAUUACCAGGUUGAAGAGACCGCAAGAGAACGGGAAGAGAGGCUGAAAGGUUGGGAAGCGUUUAUCGGCAAUCCUGGUACAGAAACACCCAAAACUGCGUCUGAGGCGGAUUCUUCAGAAACCGGGAAGCAACUUCCGGAAGGAGUCCAGCCAUCGAAAGAUAAUGGCGCCUCCGAAGGUGAGGCGAAAGACAAACCAGUGGAGAAAGAUGACGCCAAUGAAGACGUCACGGCAUCCACAGACAGCAGCGCCGCUGGCAGUGAGGAAGAGGAGGAGGAAGCAGAGACUUAACGUUGCAAACUCCUUCACAAAAGCAUGUCUUUAGGGUAACCUUUAGGAAUUCUGUUAUCCUGUGCUUUGGAGCAGCUACAGGCAGCAUCAAAACGUAUAUAUAUAUAUAUAUAUAUAGAUAUAUAUAUACGCCCACUUUUGUCGUCGGUGUGGUUUUGAUAUAAUACGCUCAAAGCCGUAUUUAACGACAAUCUUUUCUAUAUAUAUAUAUAUAUAUAUAUAUAUAUAUAUAUAUAUUCAGAUGGGCUGCUAUUUCAAGCUCUGUGUGUAUGUAUCCUAAGUUGCCAAGAGCCCUGCUGAACCGGUCAGCCGUCGUAAAUCGUCACUGUUCAGAAUCCAUCAGUGUAAGUGAAGUACAAACCUGCAGUUCCAUCGACUGCUCACUGACCUUUAGGAAGAGAGAGAAAUGCUUUUUUUGGCUCAUUUGUUUUAAUUCCGCUCCUGUCCCAACCUGCUUGUAGGACAGAAAUCCGUUAUUCCCAGACCGUACAUGGAUCGGCGGGUAUUCCUGAUAAUAAGUCAUUUUAAACAAGAGGAUGCCGAAAAUACAACGCUGAGUAUCAUACAUAUCCAGGGGAGAAUUCUUCCUCUGGGUCUCCUAAGUCUCCCCUCACAAUUAUGUUUUCCUGCACCAAGUCUCCCAUAGAAAGUAUUCCAAGUAGGAGCUGGCUAUGUUCCUGUAUCCAGACACAAACCAAAGUAUCUGCCUGUAUCCAACAGUGAUCUGGAGGAGUCUGCAGAUGAUGCUAUCAAUCCAUGCUUAGCUAUGUUCCUGUAUCCAGAUACAAACCAAAGUAUCUGCCCGUAUCCAACAGUGUGAUCUGGAGGAGUCUGCAGAUGAUGCUAUCAAUCCAUGCCUAGCUAUGUUCCUGUAUCCAGAUACAAACCAAAGUAUCUGCCCGUAUCUAACAGUGUGAUCUGGAGGAGUCUGCAGAUGAUGCUAUCAAUCCAUGCCUAGCUAUGUUCCUGUAUCCAGAUACAAACCAAAGUAUCUGCCCGUAUCCAACAGUGUGAUCUGGAGAAGUCCGCAGGUGAUGUCAUCAAUCCAUGCCUGGCUAUGUUCCCGUAUCCAGAUACAAACCAAAGUAUCUGCCCGUAUCCAACUGUGUGAUCUGGAGGAGUCUGCAGAUGAUGCUAUCAAUCCAUGCAUGGCUAUGUUCCUGUAUUCAGAUACAAACCAAAGUUGGCCUACAUCCAUUGGUGUGAUCUAGAGGAAUCAGCACAUGAUGUCAUCAAUCCAUGCUUGGCUAUGUUCCUGUAUCCAGAUGCAAAUCAAAGUGUCCAUAUCCAGUGAUGUGAUUUAGAGGACUACGCAGAUAAUGUCAUCCAUCUGUGCCUGGCUAUGUUCCUGUAUCCAGACACAAAGCUAUGUGACUGCCUGUAUCUAGUGAUGUGAUUUAGAGGAGUCUGGAGGUGAUGUCAUCAUUCCCCGCCUGGCUGUGAAGACAUAGCCAAACUCCACCAACCUUGGGAUAGAGGAGGCCAUUGGUGCCCCACAGUAAUGAAUUCAGCCUGGAUCGUGUAGAGAGAAUGGAAGAUAAUACCAACUUAUGCAGUGACAAUAAAGGACAUGAACCCACAAGGUGAAGUAAUGCCAGUGUUUGACACCGAGACAUAGCCAGUCUGAAUGUGUUUGUCCAGUGAAUAGGGAAAUACAACGAUGCCACACUGCAAUUAAGCAAAAUCAGUGCCGUGUUCUGUAUUGGAAAAGUUCCAUGUCUUUCCCCUCCCAACAUCCAUUUAUGAUGAUGAUAAGAGGCUUGGUAGGGAAUGGAAAAAAUGUAAAUAAAAUUAACCAAGCUUUGUUUUUAAAUUUGUUUCGAUAAAUUUAUUUGGGAAAACAUGCAGAGAGCUUGUGUGGUGGAAGUGUGAACCCCUUCUCUAUUUUUCGCCCCGCUGAUAUUUCUUGUGUUCACAUGUAAUUAGGUUUCAGGCGUUUGUUAGGAAUGAAUUCUGUGUGGGAUACGUUCUUUUAUACUUGGAUUGACUACAAGAGAGACUAUGAAUAAAAAAAAUGUUUUGAGAUCCAA